AUGGCAGUUCGAACUCUCGACUUUACAAAGUUCCAUUCAGGCUCUGAGGCCGAGCGUCGUGCGUUCGGGCAAGCCCUGCUCGACGGAUUCAGGACCACGGGGUUCGUCAAGCUCAUCAACCAUGGCUUCUCGAGGGAGGAGAUGGCCGAUAUCUUCAACUGGAACCAGCGGUUCUUCGAUCUACCCAACGACUGGAAAGCCGCGAUCCGCAACGACGAGGGCCCGAAGCCACAGCGCGGCUGGAGCAGCGUCGGCGCCGAAAAGACUGGAUUCCUGAACCCAGGCGGCAAGCUCAGUCUUGCAAAGGGCGCCGAGAACGACCGGCAGGACGCAAAGGAGCACUUCGACAUCGGCCCAGCAGGCGACGAAGAAUUCCGCAACAAAUGGCCAGAGCCGCACACAAUCCCCGGGUUCCAAGAGACCAUGAACGCCUACUUCGACCGCAGCCAGGCCAUCACGCUAGAGCUGCUCGAGGCCCUGGCAUUGGCAAUGGAUGUGCCGCAAGACACAUUCGUGCGCCUCUGCCACGGCCACGCCAGCGAGCUCCGGCUAAACCACUACCCCUCGAUCCCCGUGCAGACGAUCGAAGCCGGCAAGACCAGCCGGAUCUGGCCGCACACGGACUUCGGGAUCAUCACGCUGCUGGCGCAGGAUGACGCGGGCGGGCUGGAGAUCCAGGACCGCGAGCACCCGGCCCAGUUCCUGCCAGUGAACCGCGAGAAUCCGACCGAGUUCGUCGUGAAUAUUGGGGAUAUUCUGGAGCGGUGGACGAAUGGGCGGCUUUGCGCUGGGUUGCAUCAGGUUACGACGCCGAGGGGGGUCAAGGAUGGGGGGAGGGGUGGGACGUUGCCUGCGCGACGGUCUGUUGCGUUCUUCCUCAAGCCGCAUAGGGGGAUGUCUGUCGCGCCGAUUUCGUAUUUUGUGCCUGGGGAUCAGGCCCCGAGGUAUGAGGAUAUGACUGCGCUGGCGUAUCAGAAGUUGAGGACGGGGAUUGUGUACUGA